GCAAUGGCUUGAAUUGGGAUUCUUGGAAUACAGAAGUGUCUCGCAUGAAAUAUGUCUACUACCACUUUAUGGGUUUAUGGGACGUUCAGUGUUAAUACAUAGGCACGACUGAAUAUCUUUGUACUUGUCAGCUUAGCUCCUGAUUAAGAACUGGAAUUCUGCUGAAGACGGAUUGACUCCUGCAGAACCUUGAUGGGUGAAUCAGGGCAGCGCCGCUCCACCCUAGUCUCCCGGCUCCCCAUCUUCCGGCGGAGCGUCAACAAGCGACAGGAGUCGCUCCCGUCAUCGCCCUCCUCCGGGGGCGUGGGCAAUGGCGUCCACACGUCGUCCCCGUCCAGCACCAACUCCAGCUCGAGCAGCACGGGCAAGCGGCGCAGCCUCUUCCGCACGCCCUCCAUCAGCUUCCACAGCAAGCGGAGCAGCGAGUCACGCAAGGUCGACCCGGCGCAGCUCUCGCUGGACGGCUGCCUGCAGGCAUCUGAACAAGCCCUGGGCCAAGAUGGUGGCAGUACUGGCGGCGGUGGUGGUUGUGGUGGCCACACCAAAAUGCGCCACUCCUUUGGGUUCGGCGGGCACCGGCACAAGAAAAUCACACGUUCACAGACUGAGGACUUCGACAAGGCCUCCUCGACCAGCAACAACCGCAACGUGUUCAUCAACUGCAUCAGCUCGGGGGCGAACGAGGGGGACGACUCAGGCUUCCUUGACGAUGUGAGCAGCAGGCGCUCUUCCAAACACAAGAAGCAGCUGCUGCCGAAGUCCUUCUCGGCCCACCACCGUUUCUCCAAGAACCACGCCCCGGAGCCGCAGAGCAAGCCCCCAGAGGUGACCGGUGGCCUGGGGACCCCAGGCUCCUGGCCAGGGGAGCUGGUGGCGGAAAGCUCCCUGCAGUCUCCCAUGCUCUCUGAGGAUCGCACCACAGCCAUUACCCCGUCGGAGUUCGUCCACGUAACAGAGGACUCGGUUUCGGAGGUGGAUGCCCUGCCACCCCCGAGCCCCGCCGCACCCUUGGACCCGCCAGCCGAGGACGUCCUGCCCACUGCUGCCCCUACCUCACAGGUGUUCUACACGCCCCCCGAACCUGCUGCCGAGAAGCCAUCACUGCCAGAUGCCAUCAACGCCAGCCCCACCGCCACCGCCCUGACCCAGUGCGAGAGCGUCACCGUCGCCGCCGCCAAUACCGACGAUGCCGCCGAGGACACCGAUGCCACGGCCACCGUGGCCAACAGCGACGCGGAACCGGAGCCGGCCCAGACGCAGGCGGAGCCUCAGCCGGACCUGUCGGAGAUCAGUGAGAGCGAGCCGGCGCUGGAGCUGAGCGAGGAGAGCAGCUCCAACCCUGAGCCCAGAGAGAGACGGACCAAGAACUCACUCCUCAUGCAGGAGUCCCGCAAAACCAGCCGGCUGGAGACCAGGCAGGGCCACCUAAGGAAGCCCAACACAGUGUCCAUGUGCAGCAGCGUGAGCCCCUACCAUGAGGUCAUGCGUCUCGAGCGGCGCCUGCGCUCAGCCUCAGAGGGCGCUGGUGAGUCUGGCAGUGGCGGGAUCUGCGGCCGCCGGUUGCACCUCAGCCUCAAAGAGCCGCACAGCUGUGGCCUGGAGAGCUUCGGCCUGCAGAAACAGCGCACCAACUCCUCUUCCUCCAAGCUGGGCAGUCUGGAUGUCCUGAACAACCUGGGUUCAUCUGAGCUUGAUGAGGACGAUCUCAUGCUGGACCUGGAUCUGUCGGACGACCAGCGCCACAGACACGCGUCUCGUGAGGACUCCAGUCACUCGCUGGCCUCCUGCCUCAACCUGAUGCACUCUCCAAUGGAGCCUCCCACUGACCGCCUGCCUGGCCUGGAGCCCAGAGAUCCCACCCACAGGGAGCUGAGGCCCUUGUCAUCACUGCUGGGGCGGGAGGACGAGCUGCCGGGGCUGGAGGCUCUGCCCCUGAGGCUCAUGCAGCAGGACUGCACCGCCGUCAAGACCCUGCUGCUGCGCCUGCGCCGCACCCUGCAGGAGAGCACUGACACCAGUCCAGCCAGUAGCCUCCACUCCCUACCCAUAAGCCCCUGCAGUGAGAAGUCGCUCCCCUUCAAGGACCCUGUGAAGGAGGAGGCCCAGGCCACGGCGGCUCUGCAGCAGCAGCUGAAGGAGAAGGACGAGCUGAUCCAGAGACUGCAAGCCCAACUGGAGACUGUCCAGACUGCCCAGAAACCUCUUUGCCAAAAAGCCGACAGGUCCACACAGACAGAUACGGCAAUGCCAGAGGCUCCACAUCCCGGUCGAGCUCCCGGCCAAAGCAACAGCAGCAGCCACAGCCACAGCAGCAGCAGCGGCAGCCAAAGGGAGCGAAGGGCCCUGCGCCCUCCCAGCGCAGACCUGUAUAGUCGCCCACUGCUUCCGGCCGCCUGCGACCCCCCCUGCUGCCCCGGUGGAGUGGGCGGCAGAGAGGGCACUCUCCCCCCAGCAGGGCCGACCCGAAAAGGCACCCUCAGCGACACGGCCACCGACUCCUCCGACAGACCCCCGCGGAAGUGGGACCACCCGUCGGCCAGCCAGAUCCCCCGCGCCGUGGCCGGCAGCAGCUCCAGCCUGCCGGCCCGAGCCAGCCCCUCGCGCAGCCAGUCGUCAGACAGCGAGAGGGGCCCGCGAAGCGAGAGGGGGCCGCUGCCGCACCCCACCACCGCCACCAUCUCCUCCUCCUCCUCCUCCUCUGCCUCAUCCGCGGCGGUGGCGGCGUCCUCGUUUGCGGGGCGUCUGGGGCAGCCCCCCCGCGGGCCUCUCUCGCUUCACAUGUACAGCCGCAAGAACGUCUUCCUGCAGCACUCGCUCCACACCUCUGAGCUGCAGGCACUUGCACAGCAAGACGGCUAACACACACACACACACACACACACACACACACACACACACACACACACACACACACACACACACACACACACACACACACACUCGAUAUGCCAACUUAUGUACAAACAUAUACUGUACAUACACACUUACUGUACCUGCCCAGUCAUGUGAAAAGACAUAUGUAAACAUGGAAAUAUGUAACCCUGCAAGGCGAAACCAGUCGCUUUGGUAAAAUUUACAAAAUGAAGUUAUUGUGCUCACAUGAACGGCCAUAAACUAAGCUUUCCAACGAUAUGUAUAUCGAGGGUAU